AUGGACAAGCCCAAGCGUGAGGCCAUCCUCGAUCUCGCAAAAUACACAAACGAGCGGAUCCGUGUCAAAUUCACUGGCGGUCGAGAAGUCGUUGGCGUGCUCAAGGGUUACGACCAGCUCCUUAACCUUGUGCUUGAUGAAGUAACCGAAAUCAUGCACGACGUGCCGGAGGGCGAGCCCACGUCGCGCACGCUCGGCCUCGUUGUCCUCCGCGGCCCCACGAUCACCCUCCUCAGCCCCGUCGACGGCUACGAGGAGAUCGCGAACCCGUUCAUGGCCCAAGAAUGA